CUCCAAACAUUGUGGAUAAAUAUACCUGAUAGAAUGGAAGUCAGUGAAGUUAGCUCCACCUUGUUUUCCAAAGGUUGUGAUGCAUUUAUGGCGUGUUGCUGCAGCUGAUAUGCAGCGGGGGUUAUUGGAGACGUUAUUAGUGGAGGAACUCUCUCCUGAACAUGGAGUCCAAACGAGCGACUGUCUUCCUGCUGCUGGCCCUGUCAUCAUGUAGAGCUAAAGUUGAGGAGGAGAACCCGGAGUACUGGAGGUCUCAGGCCCGGGACACGCUGCAGUCAGUGCUGGACCGGAAGCUGAACACCAACGUGGCCAAAAACAUCCUGUUCUUCCUCGGAGACGGUAUGGGGAUCACCACCUACACGGCGGCUCGGAUCCUGAAGGGUCAGCUGCAGAACCAGACCGGAGAGGAGACGGUGAUGACCAUGGACACCUUCCCUAACGUGGGGCUAGCUAAGACGUACAGCGUGGACUUCCAGAUCGCUGACAGUGCCGCCACGGCCACGGCGUACCUGUGCGGAGUGAAGACCAACCUGAACACCAUCGGGGUGAGCGCCGCCGCUCGCAACGGGGCGUGCAAAACUCAGAAAGGGAACGAGGUCACGUCCAUCCUGAAGUGGGCCAAAGACGCCGGAAAGUCUGUCGGCAUCGUGACGACCACGCGGGUGCAGCACGCCACCCCGGCCACCAGCUACGCCCACAGCGCCAGCAGGAAGUGGUACAGCGACGCCGAUAUGCCCGAAGCCGCGGAGGACGGCUGCACCGACAUCGCCUCCCAGCUGCUCAACAACACCGACAUAGACGUGAUAAUUGGUGGUGGUAGAAAGUACAUGACCCCGACGGGCACCAAGGACCUGGAGUACCCCACAGAUUUCUUCUCCAGGGGCAAGAGGAGAGACGGACGCAACCUCAUCGAUGAGUGGCAGAAAAUGAAAACCGGAAAGGUCGCCCACUACGUGUGGAAUCAAACAGACUUCAGCGCCGUUGACCCUGAGACCACGGACUACCUCAUGGCUCUGUUUGAACCUGGUGAUAUGCGCUUCGAGGCAGAACGGGAUCCGAAAAUGGACCCGUCCAUCGUGGAGACCACAGAGAAAGCCAUCCGCAUCCUCCAGAAAAACCCAAAAGGCUUCUUCCUGCUGGUGGAGGGGGGGCGUAUCGAUCAGGCUCAUCACGCCGGCCGGGCGUUCAUGGCGCUCCACGAGGCGGUGGCUCUCGACUACGCCGUCGCAAAGGGCCUUGAACUCACCAACGAGGAAGAGACUCUCACUGUGGUGAUGGCCGACCACUCCCACCCCUUCACCUUCAACGGAUACCCGUUCAGAGGGCAGAGCAUUCUGGGUAAGUCCCCGCUGUGGGCCCAGGACGUGCUGCCUUACACCACGCUGAUGUACGGAAACGGACCCGGACACAAACUCACCAACGGCAAGCGGCCGGACAUCCGCAACGUGGACACCAAAACUAAGGACUACGUGCAGAUGGCGGCCGUCCCCACAGAGUCGGCCACCCACAGCGGGGAGGACGUGGCGGUGCUCGCCCGCGGACCCAUGGCCCACCUCUUCCAGGGCGUGCAGGAGCAGAACUACAUCGCCCACGCCAUGGCCUACGCUGCCUGCGUGGGGGCCGACCUGAGGCACUGCCAGGGGCAAACUGAGGCCCCGGCGCUGCAAAGCACCCUCACCCAGGAAGGGAACCUAGCCGGGGGGGCUCAGGGCGUCAGGCUGAUCAGCAGCCUCCUCUGCGCACUGCUAGUUGUUCUGGUGCUCAUGUAAGGCCCCCAGUGGUGCAGGGAUGAGUCCUCAAACCCAGAAAUGAGUUAGCAUUUUAUCGCUUCCGUGUUUCCUUGACUUAAACUCAACCAUUUUUUAUUAGACAUGUUUUUGGUUAGAUGUCUGAAAAUCUCUUCAGCUUGUUUAAACUUCAGACCUAUUCAAUGCUUCAAACCAAAAACACGUUCAGAAAACCAUUGACUUCCAGACAAGGGAACAAGAAGUGCUAACAUGCUAACUCAUUUUCGUAAAUGAAUCAAAUCUGAAUGAAUGCUGUUUUUACUCUUGCAGUUUAUUGAAGCCUUGAGUAAAACCAAUAGAGCAGACCCUAAAGAGACUUGCUUUGUCACUUUAUCAAAAAUAAACUGAUCUUUAUUUAAUUAAUUGAAAUGUUUUUCUCCUUCAUUCAAAACUAAUGAGAUUGUCAGGUAUGCAUAUCCCCCCAAAAAAGUGUUUACUGGAUCAAAGAAAUCCAACUUAAGGAAGAAAUUGCAUCCUGUAUUUUUAAUUGUGCAUCUUUCACUCGAUUGGUUGUCUCGUUUACCUCGUUAAGAACAGCAGUCAAGUGCAUCUCCACCAAAAAUUGAAAUAUGAACCCGUAACGGCGGCAGUGGCUCACUCCGUAUGGCCUUGGUAUUUGCCUGUUCACGUCCCGAUUGGACAAGUGUGGACCGGUAGCUGGAGGGGUGCCAGUUCACCUCCUGGUCACUGCCCGUGAGCAAGGCAUUAAGACACCAGCUGCCCACUGCUAGUGCUAGGAUGGGGUCCAAUUUCUGUACAGUGGCAAAAUAAAGAGGGUUUGAUUACAGAAUAACAGAUUAAAUAUCGUUAAAAUUACAAGCAGAUUUGAUUAACAAACAUGAUGUGAAAUACAGUAUUUUUUAUUCAAAUAAA